GGAUGAUGUUAUGGAGUUGCGUGAAACGGAUGAAUGUUUUUGCCCCAUAUCCUGACCCCCAUCGCCUUGUGUGAGGCUGUUGUCCGAAACUUACCGACCCCUACAGAUUGACCACUCAUGCAAGGCACACACUGCCCACAGUGAUGGUUGGCGGCGGUGGAUACUGAGGGGAAGACCUCAAUUGCUGCGAGCUUGAGCUUGCAUCCAUGGCCAUGGUGUAGACCUUGGUCGAUCAAGUUGACCUUAGUAAGUUGCUUCAACCACCCUCUCGGCGGCUUACAUACCAUCGCAAGCUCUCAUCCAUGGCCUCCAUCAAGGCGAACUGUCGCAAGGUCAUCUGCAUUGGUCGAAACUAUGCUGAUCAUAUAACGGAGCUAUCUUCUGCUCGUCCCGCGCAGCCCUUCUUCUUCCUCAAGCCCCCCUCAUCUAUCCUCCUACCGGAUAAGGGCCCUAUUAUUCGCCCUCGCGGCGUGAAUUUGCACCAUGAGGUCGAGCUUGGUCUGGUCAUUGGAGAAACACCGACCCCGCUGAAGAAUCUGCAAGCGGACGAUACCCGGUUCCUCGACCACAUCAAGUGCUACUUCCUGGGCAUCGAUGUGACUGCGCGAAAUGUACAGGAUGAAGCAAAGAAGAAGGGUCUCCCGUGGACCAUCGCCAAGGGUUUCGAUACCUUCCUGCCCAUCAGCCACGAGAUCCCUUUCGACCGCAUCCCCGAUCCGCACAAUGUUCUUCUAUGGCUGAAGGUCAACGGCGAGGUCAGGCAAAAGGACAACUCCAACUUGAUGCUCUUUAAUAUCCCCAGAAUGCUGAGCGACAUAAGCAAAGUCAUGGCUCUCGAAGAAGGCGACAUUAUCUUGACAGGAACCCCUAAGGGCGUCGGCCCGCUCAAAGGCGGUGACAAGGUGCAAUGCGGUCUGGAGGCGGAUGGGCUUGAAGUAGUUGAGGCCAAAAUUGAGGUCGACGUCGUGGACGACGAAUCCGAAGCUGGAUAUGUGUUCAAAGAGACUUGAAACUUCCGAAAAAGUUAGAGGGAAAAAAGGGAUGCCAGCCAUCGAACGUGUCCUUGCCAGAUUCUGAUGCAAGGGAUAUCGGUCGACAUCACUUUGGAGGCUAUCGCCAUUCCGGCGGAGAUUGGCAUUUGGAUUGCCAGCUACUCUUCGUCUGAGGUAGGUAGAAUAGGAAUCUCUGGUGGCGGUGGCAGAGGAAGUCCUCUCUUGUGCCCGGUCCGUUGACGUGCCCCUAUGGAAAUUGAAGGCUUGGAGACGUUCGCUUUAUACAAAAACCCUUCGUCGUUGCUGCUCUCUUCCACGGACUUCCCGUUUCGUUCACGAAAUGCCACAAGCUGUGGGAUUGAGAUGUCGUGACGGUCUCCGGUCCAAGCCGUCGGGCGAGAUUUCAACCGCUUUACUGAGGGCUCAAUUUCAACGGCGGAAGCAGUUCUCUUGAGGCCCUCUGCCCGGACUGUUGCACCUUUUAUCGACCGAGCAAUGGCCACCAGCCCUUGGGUUUUUUCAGCCUCUUUCUCGGGUUCUCGCAGACGAGCUCGCGGUUCGGUGGCAUUGGCAGACUGCGGUUGUUUCUGCGUCCUAGUGCGGACAUUACCAGGCUUGUUCUUGGGCUUCGAUUCCUG